AUGUCAAACUUUCCCGUUAGUAACUCCACAUCUUUCUUUCAAGCUUAUGCCAAUUUCAACCAGUUGGAUAACCUUAAUAUUUUAGAGAAGGUUUGGGGGGCUUACUAUUAUUACAUAAAUAAUGAUUUGUUCGCUACUGGAUUACUUAUUUUCUGCCUUCAUGAGUUCAUGUAUUUUGGUAGAUCAGUUCCAUGGGCAAUUAUUGAUCGUGUUCCUUACUUUAGAAAGUAUAAGAUUCAAGAUACAAAGUUACCAUCAAAUCAGGAACAAUGGGAAUGUAUGAAAUCUGUCUUAACAUCUCAUUUCCUCGUUGAAGCUUUCCCUAUUUGGUUUUUCCAUCCUUUAUGUGAAAGGAUUGAUAUCAAGUUCCAAGUGCCUUUCCCUCCUGUCACUACUGUUUUAACUCAGUUGGCAAUUUUCUUUGUAUUGGAAGACGCAUGGCAUUAUUGGCUUCACAGAGGCUUACACUAUGGUGUAUUCUAUAAGUAUAUUCAUAAACAACACCACAGAUAUGCAGCUCCAUUCGGUUUGACUGCUGAAUAUGCUCAUCCAAUUGAAGUUGCAUUGUUGGGUUUUGGUACUGUUGGUAUCCCAGUCAUUUACUGUUACUUCACUAGAAAUUUACAUCUUUUUACCAUUUGCUUAUGGAUUACCCUUAGAUUAUUUCAAGCUGUUGAUGCUCAUUCUGGUUACGAAUUCCCUUGGUCCUUGCAUCACUUUCUUCCAUUUUGGGCUGGCGCUGAUCAUCAUGAUGAACACCACCACCAUUUCAUUGGCUCAUAUGCUUCAAGUUUCAGAUGGUGGGACUAUGUUUUGGACACUGAAGCAGGUCCAAAACCACAUAAGGCAAGAGAAGAUAGAAUGAAGGCUAAGGCUGAAGUCAAUGCAAAGAAGGCUCAAUAA